GCCGGUUGGACAUGCCUCUGUCAGUCCUGGGUAGAGACGCAACGGCUCACUUGCCGAGGAUUACUGGGAUAGAGAGGAUUACACUACCCUCUCGUCCCGGUCGCUACGUGGUAAAAGCACAGACGUAUUAUCGGCGGAUCCCCUGGGAAUUCUCUUUUGGGAAACGGUUGUACAGAUGAAAAACCUUCCUCUGGACCAUACUAGGAGUUGAAGAAGGGGGGUCCGAGAGACUGGAAGAAACCGUACAGGUUUUGGUUGAGAGAUCACCAUGAUACAGGCUGUGGAAGCAGAGGUGACAUCCUCUCCUGGACUGGGUGACCAUGGCCUGAGGCAGAUCCUGGCUGAUGUGGUAGAGGCGGUGAAACACUCCAUCAACAAGGAUAUCAACGGGGCAGAGCUCCUGUACAGCCUCCUCAACGCCCCUUGGCUCCAAUCGCUGCUGAAGGUGUACGAAUGCCUGCAGCAGCACAAGAAAGAGCCGCCUGCUCCCUUUCUACCGUACACCACACAGCUCAUCCGACAGAUUCUGGCUGACAUGAGAACUGUUCCAAACCCUUCUGCUGAGGCCCGGGAGUUAUACAAUCUUCUCAGGGAACCACACUUCAAGGCUCUGAUCUCAGCUCACGACACGGUGGCCCAGAAGGACUAUGACCCAGUGCUGCCUCCCAUCCCUGAACACCUGCCCGACGACGAGGAAGCCAUGAGGAUUGUCUGUCUGGUGAAGAACAAGCAGCCGCUGGGAGCCACCAUAAAGAGGAGUGACUUAACGGGGGAGAUCUUCGUGGCUCGGGUGAUCCAUGGAGGACUAGCAGACCGCAGUGGUCUGCUGCAUGCAGGGGAUCGCAUCAUGGAGGUCAACGGUUACCCUGUGGACGGCCUGGAGCCUGAGCAGGUCAUAGAGAUCCUGGCCCGGUCUCACGGUACCCUCAUGUUUAAAGUGGUUCCCAUCACAGACAGACCCGUCAACAACCACACCAUGAUGUACGUGCGUACCAUGGCAGACUACAGCCCCCAGCAGGACCCAGCCAUCCCCUGUGCGGAGGCGGGCAUGGGCUUCAGGAAGGGAGACGUGCUGGAGAUCGUGGACCAGACGGACGCCCUCUGGUGGCAGGCAAAGAAACUGCCAAGCACCUCGGCCUGCGCCGGCCUUAUUCCCUCCACCAACAUGCUCAGGAGGAAACAGAGAGAGUUCUGGUGGUCCCAGCCAUACCAACCUCACACCUGCAUCAAAACCUUAAGCACUGUGGACGAAGAGGAAGAUCUGAUGGCCAUUGACGAAAAGUGUGUUGAAGCUGAUGAGGAAGCGUUUGAAUCUGAGGAGCUAAGGGCAGAGGAGGGCGAGUUCGGCGGUAACGUCGACGGAAUCUACCUACCUGGGUUCAGGCGUAGCCUGCGUCUGUGUCGACGGCGGUCGCACAGCACCGGCUCCAGUCAGCAGUCCUGCCACACACGCUGCCCCAGCAGCUGCUACAGUGCCCUUAACAACCCCUACGAGGAGGUGGUGCGAUACCAGCGAAACCCACAGGACGCACACCGCCUGGUCGCCCUAGUCGGUCCCUCUGGCGUUGGCGUGAAUGAACUCCGCAGACGGUUAAUCCAAUCCAACCCUGGGACAUUUCAAGGGGCAGUGCCUCACACAACGCGAGCUGCUAAGAGUUGUGAGGAGUCCGGUAGAGAAUAUCACUUCAUCAACAGAGAGCUGUUUGAGAACAUGGUAUAUAACAACAGGUUCCUGGAAUACGGGGAAUACAGGGGGCAUUACUACGGCACCAGCCUGGACGCCGUGAAGGACAUCUUGAACAGUGGACGGAUCUGUUUGAUUGACAUCGAGCCUCAUGCCAUCCAAUCAGUGAGGACACACGAGCUCAAGGCCUACAUCAUCUAUGUAAAGCCACCGACCAUAGACCGCAUGAGGACCACCAGGCAAAAUGCUCAGGUCACCACCAAUUACUAUGCCACGCGUCCUUUCAAAGAAGAAGACUUCCUGGAAAUGGAGGAGGCAGCUAGGAAGUUGGAGUCUCACUACUGCCAGUACUUCGAUUACAUUAUGGUGAACAACGAGUUGCAGGACUCUUGUGUUCAGCUACUGACAGCCAUGAGAAAGGCUCAAGAUGAACCACAGUGGGUUCCGGCCAACUGGAUACGGCCUACAGAGGAAUCCUGACGAGAAACGAAAAGAGGAUAAUAAACAAUUGGAAUUCAUUGGAAAGGCAGGAAUGAAGUCCAACUUUUGUGAGAAGUGGUUGUCGCCUUUGGCUGCUGCUUCUAACUGCUCUUAAAUGGAAUUCCUUUAGGAUGGGAUCUUUUUGUUUUGCUGUGUGUAAGAGACUCAAACAGAUAUUGUCCUGGUGCCGCUGUUCCUGGUGUCUGCUUGAAUUUGUUGCUGACUAAUUGGAAUAUUCUAUGUUCAAGGAUAAUUGGAAUAUUUUAUAUUCAAUAUAUUUCAAGGCUGAUAGUGGUGAAUUUAGCAAUUCAUAAGUGUAUGUUUUUUUUCUCUCUUUUAAAUUGUGUGGGUAGAGUUGGAUAUUGUCUUAACCUUUUAUUUAGGCCUACUAUGAGAUGUUCUAGGUUAUAUCUCUCACCAUGUUUACAAUUAGAGCAAAGAAUUGUCUAUGUUGUAUCUCAUUUAUUCAUAGGUUGUUUUAUAUGACGGUUUAUGCCAAAGAAUCUUAAUACAUAACGUGUUUGUAGAUAUGGUAAGUGUAAACUGAAAUGUGAGCAGGUGGAAUUACCAGUAAAGAACGGUUCUCAGAUAAUCUUAUGUAAAAAAAAAAAAAAAGGAAAUACAAAAGAAAAACGUGUAUGUUAGUGAUUUACUUGAAUAGAUCCAUGUGUAAUGAUUUGAAUGACACACUAAACAUUUUACUGUCCUAUGUUGCUUAUUAAAAACAUUUUGGAAGACGUAA